AUGAUAACCGUGUUUGCGAAAAAUGGCAGAGUUAAUGAGGCACAACAACUGUUUGAUAAAAUGUCGCAUAGAAACAUUAUUUCAUGGAACACCAUGAUUGCUGGGUAUCUUCAUAACAACAUGGUUGAAGAAGCCAAUAAGUUGUUUGAUGUAAUGCCUGAAAGAGACAAUUUUUCGUGGGCUUUGAUGAUUACUUGCUUUACGCGUAAAGGUGAGCUUGAAAAGGCUAGAGAGUUGCUUGAGUUGGUUCCUGAUAAGUUGGACACUGCUUGUUGGAAUGCGGUGAUUGCUGGCUAUGCAAAGAAGGGUCGGUUUAAUGAUGCUGAGAAAGUUUUUGAGGAGAUGCCUGUAAAGGAUUUGGUUUCUUAUAACUCUAUGUUAGCUGGUUAUACACAGAAUGGGAAAAUGAGUUUGGCAAUGCGGUUUUUCGAGAGGAUGGUUGAGAGGAAUGUGGUUUCGUGGAAUUUGAUGGUGGCUGGGUUUGUUAAUAGUUGUGACUUGAGUUCUGCUUGGCAGUUUUUUGAAAAAAUUCCAGAUCCUAAUGCUGUUUCUUGGGUUACAAUGUUGUGUGGGUUUGCUAGACACGGGAAGAUUUUAGAGGCUAGGAAACUCUUUGACAGAAUGCCUUGUAAGAAUGUGGUUUCUUGGAAUGCGAUGAUUGCAGCCUAUGUCCAAGACUUGCAAAUUGACGAAGCUGUUAAGCUGUUCAAAGAAAUGACGUAUAAAGAUUGUGUGUCAUGGACUACAAUAAUUAAUGGGUAUGUUCGGGUUGGUAAGCUUGAUGAAGCACGUGAAGUUUACAAUCAUAUGCCUUACAAAGACAUAGCGGCGAAAACAGCGUUAAUGUCAGGAUUAAUACAGAAUGGAAGGGUAGAUGAGGCAAGUCAAGUUUUCAGUCAACUCGGUAAACGUGAUGCUAUUUGUUGGAACAGCAUGAUCGCAGGCUAUUGCCAGAGUGGAAGAAUGGUUGAAGCUUUCAAUCUAUUUAAAAAAAUGCCAGUUAAGAAUGCUGUUUCGUGGAAUACUAUGAUUUCUGGAUUUGCUCAGGUAGGACAGAUGGAUAGAGCAGCAGAGAUCUUCGAGGCUAUUGGGGAGAGGAAUACUGUUUCCUGGAAUUCUCUUAUUACGGGUUUUCUUCAAAAUAGUUUAUACUUGGAUGCCCUUAAGAGUUUCGUUUUGAUGGCGCGGGAAGGAAAGAAACCUGAUCAAUCAACUUUUGCAUGUUCGUUAAGUGCAUGUGCUAAUCUUGCUGCUUUGCAAGUAGGCAAGCAACUCCAUGAAUUCAUCCUGAAAAGUGGCUAUAUAAAUGAUUUGUUUGUUAGCAAUGCUCUGAUUACCAUGUAUGCAAAAUGCGGAAGAGUAGAAAGUGCUGAACAAAUGUUUAAAGAUAUUGACUGUGUUGAUCUUAUUUCUUGGAAUUCCUUGAUUUCGGGCUAUGCUUUGAAUGGAUAUGCAAAUGAGGCAUUUUGGGCCUUUGAACAGAUGUUAUCCGAAGGGAUGGUUCCUGAUGAGGUUACCUUUAUUGGAAUGUUGUCAGCUUGCUGUCAUGCCGGUUUAGCCAAUCAGGGUUUGGAUUUAUUUAAGUGCAUGAUUGAAGAUUUUGCUAUUGAACCUUUGGCUGAACAUUACAGCUGCCUAGUUGACUUGCUUGGCCGCAUGGGUAGGUUAGAGGAAGCGUUCGACAUAGUGAGAGGGAUGAAAGUGAACUCAAAUGCUGGAUUAUGGGGUUCAUUGCUCGCAGCUUGUCGUGUACACAAGAACAUGGAACUUGGUGAAAUUGCAGCUAUGAAGCUGUUAGAACUCGAAUCGCAUAAUGCCUCUAAUUAUAUUACUUUGUCAAACAUGCAUGCUGAGGCUGGCAGGUGGGAAGAGGUUGAAAGAUUAAGGGUGCUAAUGAGGGAGAGAAGAGCUGGAAAGCUACCUGGCUGUAGCUGGAUUGAAGUGCAAAAUCAGAUACAAAAUUUUGUCUCCGAUGAUCCAGGGAAGCUGAGAACUGAAAAUGUUACGAUUAUAUUGAAUACUUUAUCUGCACACAUGAGAGUCAAGUGUAACAUAUCCGACAUGAAAUCAGUUUUUGACAUAUUAUGA